AUGUCGACGUCUCUGUCCCAAGACCCUAUGGUGGAAGUAGACUUUGGAUCAGUCCUGACGACAGACGAGAAAAAUCUGAAAGACCUUUGGAGUCUGACACACUCGCCCUCGAGUUUGCAAAAGGCCGGUUAUGUACUCUGGCAGCUCGGACCGUCUGAUCUGGAUAAAAAGAAGCGAUGCGGGCGUUGCUCCAAAGUUAUUCGCAAAGGCCACGAAAGGGCCAAAUCGAGGGCCCAGAGCGUCAAGCUGGCACCGGCCGUUGCUCAGCUUAUUGCGGCCGGUGACUACCCGCGCCCGAUUCCAGAACCGGAAUCAGAACAGUCGAGCAUGUCGAUGCACUCUCGGUCCGUGUCGCUGCAGUUUUGGACGUGCUGCGGCAACUUCAUGUCCGAUAUUGGAUGCGCCGCCGAGCAGUUCCACACCGCCAAGGUGUACCGUCGGGGCGAGCUCGAGAGCAACUGGGAGUACUUUACCACACCCGGGGCCGCUCUCGACACCCCAACUGACUACCGUGCGGCAGUCGUGAUUGACUGUGAGAUGGGAACGGCCGCAUCAGGCGACUCGGAGCUGAUCCGCGUGUCCGCCGUCGACUUUUUCACGCGGGAGGUGCUCGUCGACAGCCUCGUGUGGCCCGACGUGCGCAUGGCGCACUUUAACACGCGAUACUCAGGCGUGACGCGGAAGAGCAUGGAGACCGCCCGGCGCGCCCGGCGCACCCUCGCCGGCCGCUCCGGUGCCCGCGCCGCCCUCUGGCGCUUCGUCGGUCCCAGCACCGUCCUCGUCGGCCACUCAGCCAACUCGGACCUCAACUCACUCCGUUGGAUCCACGCCAUCGUCAUCGACACCCUGCUGCUCGAAAUGCGCAUCCAGCCCCAGCUGCGUGGGGACCAGCAGAGGCCGCAGAGCAAGGGUAGCGGUGAUGAGGGCGGACGCGCCGAUGGCGACCAGCAGCAACCCGCGGAGGUGGCCGAGGUGGUGGUGGUGCAAGAGACGGCCAGCAAGGAAAACAAGCAGCCCAAGUACCCGGGUCUCUCGCUGAAGGCGCUCGCGGCGGAGCGUCUCAAGCGCACGAUUCAGGUCAAGGGCCAGGGCCACGACAGCCUCGAGGACGCGCUGGCGACGCGUGAUCUGCUGCUGUGGCACAUGGUGCACAGGCCCGAGCCUCCCAUCCCUUGA